AUGCGUUGGCGAGCCAUUUUGGGUGUGUGUUUAAAGACUCGAGAGCGGAACUGGGCCAUGAGCAGCUUAGAGAAGUUCAAAACUGAGGUGGAAAAGUUGAUAACGGUCUGUUAUAGUGACGAUAGCUUCGGGGUAUGCUCUGUGUCUUCAACUGUCAUUGUGAACAUGUGCCACAUUGCGACGCGCAUACUGAGAAAUACUCAACAAAACCUUUUUCAGACACGGUUUCUGUAUACAGUGGGAGGGUUACAACAGCUCAAGGUCAGCAAUGAGGGUUUUCGCAAUGAUUUGGACAACGGUGCUGGCGAUUUUAUGUACAUUCUGCACAGGUCUGCCGCUGGACCCCGGUAUGGCAGUCUCCAAGCGCGACGUCUCUUUGCUUGUGAACGGUUUCGAAAUCAUGGCGAAGAGACAUGUCGAGAGUUUGCAAGUUGCGACGGCGCCGUGCGGCAGUUCGAACUUCACGACAUGUUCGCUCGAGAUCAAAACCCAUCUCAGAGACGCUGCGAGACGGAAUAA